UAAGACCUUGACGGAGACACAAGUUGUGUACCGAGCUUCGAUCAGACUAUGAGAAGGUGGAGUCACUCAAAUUCGCUCAUUGGUCUUAAUAACUCUGGGGUUUCUACGGCCGACGACUCUCAAUGCGCCACGCGAUAACCGAACUCAUUCUUGAAAAGAACUCGUGGAGAUGAGGACCGUUAUUCAAAGAGCAGCGACUCUGUCGUUACUGACGGCACUCAUCAGCCCAUCUCUUGCGGCGCCAACGACAGCUCACCUAGACAAGAGAUACGUCGAGGAGCGAGGUGGCAUCACAUACAAUGUCUUCGAGCACCGGUCCACGGGCUCCAAGAUGUCCUUUGUCAAGAACUCGGGCAUCUGCGAGACGACACCAGGCGUAAACCAGUACUCUGGCUACUUGUCAGUUGGCGACGCGAUGAACAUGUGGUUUUGGUUCUUCGAAGCCCGUGAAAACCCAAAGGAAGCCCCUCUAGCGACGUGGUUCAACGGCGGUCCAGGAUGUAGUUCCAUGAUUGGUCUCUUCCAGGAAAACGGCCCCUGCCACUUCGUCAACAACCAAAGCACGCCCUCGCUGAACCCCUACAGCUUUAACAACUACGCCAACGUGCUAUACGUCGACCAGCCCAUCGGAACCGGCUUUUCCUACGGGAUUGACGACGUCAACUCCACCGUCACCGCCGCACCCUUCGUCUGGAACCUUCUGCAAGCCUUCUACGCCCACUUCCCUGAGUACGAAUGCCGCGACUUUGGCAUCUUCACUGAAUCCUACGGCGGACACUACGGCCCUGAGUUCGCUCACUACAUCCAGGAGCAAAACGCGGCCAUUGAGGAAGGUGAUCUCGAAGGUGACAAGAUCAACAUCGUUGCUGUGGGAAUAAACAACGGCUGGUUCGACUCGACCAUACAGGAACGGGCGUACAUCGACUACGCGCUCAACAACUCGUAUCGUCCGCUCAUCAACGAGAGCGUCGCGGAUUCCCUGUAUGAUAUUUACGAGACCAAGUGUGUGCCGGCUUUGAACGAGUGUAUUAGCUCCGGAACCGACGAGGCUUGCAGUUAUGCCGAUGAUACGUGUAUCGGCAAUGUGGAUACCGUUAUUUACGACAGCGCCGAUUUUGGGACGUACGAUAUCCGCGUCUCUGCUAAUACGACGGAUCCGCCAGAGACGUAUGUGGAUUAUCUCCAAAGGCCAGAUGUGAUGAAAGCUAUUGGGGCACAGGUGACGUAUGCGGAGUGUCCGGAUGCACCGUAUUACAAGUUUGCUGCUACAGGAGAUGACGCCCGCUCUUUCCUCGAAACCCUUACCAAAGUAGUGCAAACCGGCAUCUCGGUCCUGCUAUGGGCCGGCGACGCCGAUUUCAUCUGCAACUGGAUCGGCAACUACCAGGUCGCCGAGGCGGUCGUCUAUUCGGCGCAGAGCAACUUCACUGCCGCGGAAAUGGUGCCCUAUACGGUUAAUGGCACCGAGAAGGGGUUGUUUAAGACGGCGGAUAAUUUGAGCUUCUUGAAGGUUUACGAGGCGGGGCAUGAAGUGCCUUAUUAUCAGCCCGAAGUUGCGCUACAGGCUUUUAAGCAGACUAUGAUGGAUGUGGCCAUUGCAUCUACUUGAUCGUAUGACAUGGUCAAGGGUAGGGGGUCUCUAAUGAUAUCAGAUAU